AAUGGGUUGGGGACAGCGAGGCCGUCUCAUCGCCAAUGUCCGUAGCCUCAUACAGAGCUUUGCGAUGGGUCUAAUGUUUGCUUUGUAAGGUCCGCUCGCCUACGGAGUAUACAUCCUUUUUCUCUCGUUAUUGUAACUCUCAAGUUGCCGAUACCCCGACCAAGACACGUCUUCUUCUCCUUAUCGAUUAGGUCGCCUUUUUCCCCCGAUCCUUCCAUCGCAUCUCGCCUACGUUGCCGAUUGCAUACCGUCUUCUUGAAUUUCUGAACAUCCUCCUCCUACUCAGUGCUCUUACGAUCUGCGAGAUGGCCGGGCCUUCGAUCCAGGAUCGCACCGGCGAGUUCCACGCUAUUCUUGGUCAAGCCCAGAAACGUGUAGCAUCUUCGAAAGUUGGAACUCAGCGGCAGGCACUACUAUCGGACUCGCAGAGGCGACAGGCCAAUGGUUCCGCGGAUGGGAAUACGGAUGGUGGCAAGAGAAGGUCGGAGUUUGCUCGACGCGCGGCAGAGAUUGGGCGAGGGAUUACUGCGACAACAGCGAAGCUUCGGAGACUAGCAGAACUGGCUAAACGGAAGACCCUGUUCGAUGACCGGCCAGUCGAGAUUUCCGAAUUGACAUACGUUAUCAAGCAAGAUCUUGCAUCACUAAACCAGCAAAUCGCGUCGCUACAAGCGCUCACGCUUUCACAACAUCCAAAGUCCAACCGGACAAAGGCUGAUCAGGAGGGCGAACAUAAUGAUAAUGUUGUCGUCUUGUUACAAGGGAAGCUGGCGGACGUCGGUGCCAAUUUCAAGGAGGUUCUCGAAGUGCGCACAAAAAACAUCCAGGCUUCGCGCUCACGGACAGAGAACUUUGUGUCUUCUGUCUCCUCAAAAUCACAAGCUGCUCUCGACCCUCAGCGUUCCGACUCACCAUUGUAUCCAUCGGGGCGAAGAACCCCACAGCCUGGGGGCUCAGCAGACCUGUUGACUUUGGAGCCCUCGAAUCCGUCUCCUCUGGGACGCCCUGCGGUUCACUCGGAUCAGCAAUUAUUGCUAAUGGAAGAGGCCGAUUCGAGUAACUCGUAUAUACAGGCGCGUGGGGAGGCGAUUGAUGCGAUCGAGAGGACGAUCAAUGAGCUGGGAGGCAUUUUCGGCCAGCUGGCGCAGAUGGUUAGCGAGCAGUCGGAGAUGAUCCAGCGGAUAGAUGCCAAUACGGAAGACGUCGUGGAUAAUGUCCAAGGAGCGCAACGUGAAUUAAUGAAGUACUGGACACGGGUAUCAGGAAAUCGAUGGUUGAUUGCUAAGAUGUUUGGAGUAUUAAUGAUUUUCUUCCUUCUCUGGGUGUUGAUAUCAGGAUAGACACACCUCCUGUUUACUAAUGUAUUAAUAUCGGACAGCGCGUUGUUUAUGACGAACGCACAUGACGCUUACACCGAGAUUUUUUUUUCUUUUUUUCUUUUUU